CUGGCUCCCAGUCGUCGUGGUAUGCACUUCCCAUUUCCCGUUUCACGUUUCGACUCUCGUGCUCGACAUUCAGGUCCUUUAAUCUGUACCACCUUAAGGCUCGAGAUCCUCUGAUAAGGCUCCAUAUCACCCGUUUUCGUAAUCAAGGCCCAUGUCGAGCCCCGACAUCGUCGAGCUUACCAAUUCAUACAGUCCGAAUCCAUAUGCUUCUGGGAGUGGGCGACCCUCUAGCAGGUCGUUUGGACUCAAUCGAAAGUCGGCAUCGGCCUCGUACAACCCUAUUUUCACGCCACAAGAUGAAUACGAGAACCGCACAUUCAAGCCUCGCGUCGAACGUCCUCCAGCCUCCACCGCUCUUGGGCCAGGCCGGGUUGGCAAGUUCGGUGUGGAUUUAAUAGUAGAGAUUACGCUCUGCACCUUUGCACUGGCCGCGGCUGUCCCUUUUGUUUGGUUGGCGGUGGUUAUGGCAAAGUACGAUCAUGAGCAGAUAACGGAAGACAAGACGAAUUAUGCCAAACAGGCUACGAGCACGAUUUCUACACUCUUCACGAUCCUUUUUGCGGCUGUGCUGGGCUCGACACUGAAGCGCUUCGCUACAUGGCGUCUCGAGAGAGGCAUUCAGUUGGGGCUGCUGGAACAGAUUAUGCAGAGUCGAACAGUCUUUGCCGCCUUCACCACACUGUUGUCAUUGCGGGCCUUCAACAUCAUGUCCUUGGUCCUGCUGAUAUGCUGGGCUUGCUCACCUCUCGGAUCCCAGGCGUCUCUACGAUUGAUCUCUACAGGCAUUGACUUCAAUACAGAGAGCAGUCUGGUCAGCUAUCCUGACAGCAUUACCAAUCAGAUCUUCGACUCAGUGUCUGGUGUGGAUUCAGUACUGACAGCCCUCAAACCGACUUAUGUAAGCUCUAUCUUGGGACCAACAACCGUGAAAUCUGGAACGAUGGAUCUAUGGGGCAACGUCAGAGUGCCAUGGCUGGACGAGAGUCUACCACAAGGCAACGAUGGUUGGGCCGAUUUAUCAACACUCAACAUCACCGAGGGGAUGUACUCAUCCCUAGUCGGUCUCCCAGUCGCAUCGCUGGCCAACAAGAAUUCCAGCUUUGUUAUCGAAACCACUUACAUGAAUCUCGACUGCAAGACGUCCCAACCCGAGAAGUUGGUGGAUAUAAAUUAUAAUGUCACAGCUGGCAACGGCACCUUCCUCGGUCCAAAUGCAACUGUUCUUCAAACAAAUCCCAACGCCAUUUAUCCCUACUGGCGUGUCGCCAUGAACCAGUUCGUCAACAAUAACAUUUACUUCUACGGAUGGCCUGAGGAAUUGGUCAAUGUCACCGACAACAACCUACCGCAGGCUACUUUCCUGUUCCAAACACGAGGCCCCUGGGUUUCCCGCUGCCAGAUAAACCAGAUCUAUGUCGAAUCGAAUGUUAGCUGCGUCUCAACGACUGACGCAACUACGCAAAUACCUGACUGUUCGGUGUCGGCACAACGGAAAUCCCCAAAGAAGCACGCCCCUUCGACCGUGACGACACUCAGUUUCCCUAGUACGUUCUCGUACUUGACGGAGAAUUGGAUAAUGGCAACCGAUCCGCUGUCGAGCAGCGCCUACUCCUCGCUCAGCGAGUACUACCUACAGAACACGACUGCGGCGUUCAUCCUGAGCGGCAACGGCCGCAAUUACGCGGACUACACGAACGUGACAAACCUCGAAUUCUCCCAGCGCCUGGGUCAACUGCUUAACACGUGGGUUUUGGCCAGUCAGGUCUCUGCGAGUACGAUGCAGUUUUACGGGCUGAAUUACCGCAACACCACUGCCACGUAUUUUGAGGGACGCGCGGUGUACCUUGUCUCUUGGGGUUGGCUCGCAAUAUAUUGCGCAUCGAUAUCUGUGAUGCUGAUCGCAGCGCUGUUCAGUAUAUGGUGCGCGUUCAACACGACCAUCCCCGACGUGCUGAGUUAUUGUUCCUCCCUGACGAGGGACUCCAAGUACUUCGAUUUCGCGAAGGGAGGAAGUACGCUUGACGGCGUUGUUAGGGCGAAGAUGUUGCGUAAUGUCGAGGUCAAGCUCGGCGAGGUGGUGGAUCAGGAUGACCAGCAGGGCCAGUUUCGGAAUGAUUUUGUGAAUGAUUUUAGCUAUAGACCUGGGGAGCGCGUGCCGCAGCUUGCCAUUGCGCCGCCAGAGUAUUUGAGGACGCCCAAGAGAGGGAUGUUGUAUGCUUGAACUUGAUAUAGCAGU